AAGCUCGGGGAGGCGGCCGUGGCGGGAGGGUCGGAGUCAUGGCGGCCAAGACGGCGGGUGGUGGGCACUGGGAGGUGGUGAAGAAGGGGCGGCGGCCUGGGGCCGGCGGCAGUGGUAAAGGCGGCGGAGGGGACCGCCGGGCGCUCGGGGAGGCGAAUGGAGUGUGGAAGUACGACCUGACCCCUCCAAUCCAGACGACAAGCACCCUGUAUGAGCGGGGCUUUGAGAAAAUCAUGAAGCGGCAGAAUAAGGAGCAGGUUCCACCUCCUGCUGUGGAACCUAAGAAACCGGGGAACAAGAAGCAGGCUAAGAAGGUGGCGACCCUCACCAACCAGAACCAGAAGCAGGGCCGCUUUCGCAGCCUGGAGGAGGCACUGAAAGCUCUGGACCUGGCAGCUCUGCAGAAGGAACUGGACAAGAGCCAGAGCGUGUUCUCUGGGAACCCAUCCGUGUGGUUGAAGGACCUGGCCAGCUAUCUCAACUACAAGCUCCAAGUACCUCCAAGUGAACCCACACUUAGCCAGCAUCCUCACGAUUAUCCCUACAGCCUGGUGAGCCGGGAGCUGCGUGGCAUCAUCCGAGGGCUACUGGCAAAGGCUGCAGGAUCCCUGGAGCUCUUUUUUGACCACUGUCUAUUCACCAUGCUACAAGAACUGGAUAAGACUCCAGGGGAGUCACUGCAUGGUUACCGCAUCUGUAUCCAGGCCAUUCUGCAAGACAAGCCCAAGAUUGUCACCACGAACCUAAGCAAGUUCCUGGAACUGCUGAGGUCCCACCAGAGCCGACCAGCCAAGUGUCUGACCAUCAUGUGGGCCCUGGGUCAAGCAGGUUUUACCAACCUCACUGAGGGACUGAGAGUGUGGCUGGGGAUUAUGCUACCUGUGCUGGGCAUCAAGUCUCUGUCUCCCUUCGCCAUUGCAUACCUGGACCGGCUGCUUCUGAUGCACCCCAACCUCACCAAGGGCUUUGGCAUGAUUGGCCCCAAGGACCUCUUCCCACUUCUGGACUUUGCCUAUAUGCCCAACAACUCCUUGACUUCCAGCCUGCAGGAGCAGCUGUGCCAGCUGUACCCACGACUAAAGGUGCUGGCAUUUGGGGCAAAGCCGGAAUCCACGCUACAUACCUACUUCCCCUCCUUCCUGUCCAGAGCCACCCCUAGCUGCCCUCCGGAGAUGAAGAGAGAGCUCCUGAGAAGCCUGACUGAGUGCCUGAUGGUGGACCCGCUCAGCACCAGUGUCUGGCGGCAGCUCUAUCCCAAGCACCUGUCACAGUCCAGCCUGCUGCUGGAGCACCUGCUCAGGUCCUGGGAGCGGAUUCCCAAGAAGACACAGAAGUCAUUGCAAGAAACCAUUCAGUCCUUCAAGCUUACCAACCAGGAUCUGCUGAGGAAGGGCAGCGGUAGCAGUCAGGAUGUCGUCACCUGUGACUCGGCCUGCAAGAGUCUAUUGCAGCAGGCUCGGGGCUUCCGGCUGCCCUGGGCACGGCUACUCCUGUUGGUGCUGGUCUUUGCUGUAGGUUUCCUGUGCCAUGACUUCCGGUCACACAGCUCUUUCCAGGCCUCCCUUUCUGGCCGGCUGCUUCAGUCAUCUGGUGUCUUGCCUGCUGGCCAACAGGCAUGCACCAAGAUCUACUCCUACAGCCUGCAGGGCUACAGCUGGCUGGAGGAGACAUUGCCAGCCUGGGGCUCCCACCUGCUGACCGUGGUGAGGCCUGGCUUGCAGCUGGCCUGGGCCCACACCAAUGCCACCAUCGGCUUCCUUUCUGCCCACUGUGCCUCACACCUUGCCUGGUUUGGUGACAGCCUCAUCAGCCUCUUGCAGAGGCUACAGACCCAGCUCCCUGACGCCCUGAACCAGCUGCUCCGUUCUCUGAGGGAGCUGCUCCUGUUUCUUUACCACAGCAUCCUGCUGCCCACGUGGCACAUGCUGCUUGAGGCCCUGGCCCAGAUCCAAGAGCACUGCCACGAGGCAUGCAGAGGCGAGGUGACUUGGGACUGCGUGAAGACACAGCUCAGUGAGGCUGCCCACUGGACCUGGCUCAGCCUACAGGACACCACAGUGGCUUUCUUGGACUGGGCACUUGCCAUGAUAUCCCAGCAGUAGGCCCUGCCUCCCUGGCCGCUGGGCUCUGUCUGGAGCAGACCAUUGGAGACUGCUGGGGCAGAGAGCAGCAGUUCUGCAGGGGCGUCUUUGUUACUUGGUGCCUGAGUUCUGUCUCCUCAGCAAGUGGUGGGCUGCCCCUGCCUCAGUUCUUCCGCUUUGGUGGCAGCGAGCCCAGAGGUAUCUCAGCCUCUGACCCACGACUCCACUGACCACUGCUCUGCCCGACUGCACAUGGCUCCCAGCCUCUGUCCUUGGGCCUGGUAGCCUCUCUUGUCUCUGCUCUCCACUUCCUUCUGUCUCAUUCUUGAAGCCUCAAACAGCUCAUCUUGAAAAGGUGGACUCAGCAAAUGGCUUCUGCAUUCUUCUGACAAUUGAUUCCUGCUCCCAGACCUUAACCACAGCAGAAAAAAGAAAGGGACUUCUAGAAGAAUCUAGAAGAAUGUAGCACCACAGUGGGCGGCAACAACUUUGUCUCUCCCCACAGUCUGGGUGUGGCUGUCCGUGGACAUGGAGGCCUGGGUGGAGAGGCCUCUCACCUCAAAAUGUUCAACCUAGGUCCUUCAAGGCUCCUACUGGCCCUGCCAUCAUGGUCCUUCACCCUUGCUCUCUGUCCCCCUUCAGUGCUGGGGGGUCUCGACCUCCGUAUUCAGCCCAGGUCAUCAUGUGCCACAGGCCCAGGAAACCAUCCAGCAACCUGUUGAGACAGGACACAGUAUGUGGUUUGUGGGUAUGCCCACUUGAUGGAAAUAAAGGACACAGAUUUGAUUUCUA